GGUCAAUGAUCAUCUUACUCAGGGUGUUUGUUGGUAGUGAGCUGCACACUCAUUUUCGGGUUUUAAGAGUUGAUGGCGGUGAUGUCCGGAUCCAUGCCAUGUAUCCGCCGUGAUCCACCACGUCUAUUAAUAAUGACAGAGAGAGACAACAAGAGAGACAAAGAGUCGGGAAUAAGAGAGGAAUCCGGUGGGACUGCCGUGUGCCAAGGACAUUGUUCCUCUUUUUUCCUCCCCGAUAGGUUUGACAACCCGGAGGUGCUUCCCACAUCAGCAUCAGGUCUCGUGCAGUUACACACAAACCAUAACGGCACGUCAAUGCAUGAUGUAACGUGGGAGACUGUUCACUGGCCAAAAGAGGAGAGAGGAAAUGGUAAUUGGGCAGAAGGGGGCUAUGUAAGACAGGUUGAAGUGAGACAACGGGAAGAGGCAGAGGGAAAUUUUGUGAAUAACAACAAUCAAAAGGGAAUAAAUGAACGGACAAGAGAUUUCUCUGGAAGCCUUGGCAGUGGAGCAUACACGGGCGGUCUGUUUACUGAUUGGUGA